UGGAACCUACGGCGUGGUGACUGAGGUCACCGAAAAGAAGAUCGCGCUGGAAUGCUGCUGCAAACCAGAGCUUCUUAUCGUCGGAAAAAAUGUCUACAUCAACUUGGCUGCGCAUUCCGACUACUCUCAGCUGUCAGGAAUGCUGCACUGGCUUAAAAAUGUAGACUUGGGGACUAAGUUCAUAACACCUCUCACAGGCAUGAUCCGAAAGCUGUUCAACGAAUACGAGACACUGUCUGCUGAUUGUGUACACAUCCCGAGGCACACUCCCGUGCUAGACCCACUCGUAUACACAAGCCGUCCUUUGGACCCAUCACAGCGUCAGGCGGUGGAGCUGGCGCUCCGGAAUCAGCCCCUGACCGUCAUCCACGGCCCGCCCGGCACCGGCAAGACCACCACCGUCGUAGAGGUGAUCAUCCAGCACGUGGAGCGGAAUCAGCGUGUGCUGGUCUGCGCGCCCUCCAACAAGGCCGUUGACAACGUGCUAAGUGGCAUCUGGGAGGAAUACAAGAGCGGACGCUGCAUAAUGAGCAUGGAUGACUUUAUUCGUCUUGGGCAGCUGGAACAAAUGCAGGAAGACCUGAAAAUGUUCUCAUUAGAGGCUCAGAUGGAAAAAUCUGAGGAACGUUUUAUGAAGAACCAAUUGAUAAAAACCAUAAGAAUUGAGAAAGUUUUGACCGAAGCCUUUGUAGUGUUGAGCACUCUGACGUAUGUGCGCAAAGUGCAUCAAAUGCACCAUACGUCCCAGUUUGCGCCACAGUUCGACCUCUUGGUGAUCGAUGAGUGCAACAAUGCGACGGAGGCCGCCUGCUGGCUGGCCAUCCCGCUCGCCAAGAAGGUGGUGCUGGUGGGCGACCCGUGCCAGCUGCCGCCGACCAUUCUCAGUCAGGAGGCGGCCAGCCGCGGUCUGGCCGUCUCGCUGAUGGAGCGGCAGAUGAAGCUGCAUGGUGAGGGUAUCGUCCACAUGCUCGACACCCAGUACCGGAUGCACGCGAUGAUCCAGGAGUGGUCUUCGCAGAACCUGUACGGCGGCAGGCUCAAGGCGGCACCGACAGUCGCCAGCCGCCUGUUGACUCAGCUGCCCGGCGUGCAGAGCACGAGUCAGACGCAGCCCACCCUGAUGCUCGUAGAUACAGCUGGCUGCAAGCUCCUAGAAUCACAGGACGCCAAGACCAAGUCCUACUGCAACAAAGGCGAGGCGAAUCUCGUGGUGUGUCAUGUCUCGUCGCUGGUGAAGGCCGGACUGCCGACUGACUCCAUUGGCGUCAUCACCCCGUACAAGCACCAGGUGGGGCUGAUCACCGGCCGUCUGCGCAAGGCAAAUUUGAACGUGGAGGUGAACUCUGUGGACGGGUUCCAAGGUCGCGAAAAGGAGGCCAUCCUGCUCUCUCUGGUGCGCUCCAACCCGCGCCGCCAGGUGGGCUUCGUGGGCGACCGGCGGCGGCUGAACGUGGCGGUGACGCGCGCGCGGCGGCACCUGUUCGUCGUCUGCGACACAUCCACCGUGUGUCAGGAUCGCACGAUUCUCUCGCUGGUCAGUCACCUGAGGAGGAAUGGAGAGCUGCGUGAGACCAGCGGCAAGCUCUGCCCGCAUGGCAGGACCUGCCAGAUCGUCGAGGACGACGAUGACGUCGACGAUCUUGGUGUCAGACUCGGAGCGACAAUCCUGCUGCCGUAG